AUGGACAAAUUAAUUAAGCUUCAAUUAGCGGACAAGUUUUUGAUCGAGGAAAUAGUCUCACAUUUUCUGGAUGACACACGUGAAAGCAAGCCGAAGGCGUUUUACAGGGAAGCUCUAGAUGACAUAGGGGGCCUGUAUGCGGAGCUGAAGAAGAGACAUAGACAAAUAUUGGUUGCAUCAUACACUGACAAAAAUGCAGACAAUGUGAAGUACCCUUACUUGGAAAAUAGCGUUUUCAACGAAAUAAAAACAUUUUAUCAAUAUAAACAUCAAAUGAUAGAAGCUGAAAUGAAAACCAAAUUCCCAGAGAGACCACCGGAGCUAAAGAUGGACCCAAAUCAAAGUAUUAGCCAAAGGGUGGAUGUUCCCAAUAUUUCAAUAAAUUUGCCAAAAAUCACCUUGGCAAAAUUUGACGGCGAUUAUCAAAAGUGGCCUUCGUUCUAUGAUCUUUUUAAAUCUUUGGUCCAUAAUAAUGAGAUGAUUCCAGCGGUCCAGAAAUUACAGUACCUCAAAUUGCACCUUUCCGGUGAACCAGAGCAUUUGUUGAGAGCCUUUCAAGUAACAGAGGAUAAUUAUGCUGCCGCAUUCAACAUGUUGAAAGAAAGAUAUGACAACAAGCGAGUAUUAGUUAAUACUCAACUUAAAUUGCUGCUCAAUCAAAGCUUUGUAAAUCAGGAGACGGCUACGGCAGUUAAAAAAUUACUGGACACUACUAAUGAAUGCUUACAGGCAUUAAAGAAUCUACAAAUAGAUGUGGAGGGCUGGGAUCCUAUAAUAGUUUAUCUCAUCGUGCAAAAACUGCCAACCGAGACACAUCAGCUAUGGGAACAGAGCGUCAGCGCGGAGAAUCAAUUACCAACUUGGCGACAAUUGGAAAGUUUCCUUGAAACUCGAUUUCGCACAUUGGAGGCUAUAUCAACGAGGCGAUCUUCAUCACAUUAUAGACCUUUACAAAACGAAGCUAGUAAGCACAGGAAUAGUUGCGCUUUGCAUGCUGCUACGGAUGCAACGGCGAAUAGUAACUCACCUUGCCCUAUUUGUCGGGGCCCACACAAGGUGAAGCAAUGCAAAAGAUUUUUGGGAUUAAGACAAAACAAAAGAUUGGAAGCUGUUAAAGGUAGGGGAUUGUGUAUCAACUGUCUUAAUUCUGGACAUAUGAUGACCACUUGCCCUAGUCAACAGAGUUGUUUUAAAUGUCAUCAACGACAUCAUACCCUAUUGCAUAGGGACAACGAAGAAAUUGGGGAUCGAAGCCUAUCACGGCGACAGCAGCAGACCGCAGUCGCGUCACAAGUACGUGCGCACUACGUCUCACAUGAUCCAUCACCUCCAACCACGGCGGGUGAAAUUUCGUCAUUGGCGCCAGCGUUCGUACCCGGCAGCAACAGCCAUGUUCACACUUGCGGCACAUCGGAUGCACACAAACGACAGGUUCUACUGGCCACUGCGUGCAUUAAAAUAGUAUGUCCAGCAACGGGACGCUAUCAGAGGGCGAGAGCUCUAAUCGAUCCUGGUUCGCAGAGUUCUUUCAUCACCGAAUCAGCGGUUCAGAAUUUGAAAUUACGAAAAAACAGAACAAUAACAAAUAUACUCGGUGUAUCACAAAGCAACAUUGGCAAAUCACUAGCAAAAGUGGAUGUCAUUAUACGAGAUCUAGGAGACUCCAAGCAGGUGCGAACUUCGGCAUUGGUUCUCAAGAAACUGACCAACUUGCUACCAGAGCGUAAUAUUCAAACCAAGGAGUGGUCACACAUAGACGGAUUGAUCCUAGCUGAUCCAAGUUAUUUUGCGAUGGGAAAAAUAGAUGUACUCAUCGGAGCAGACAUUUUUGGCCAAAUUAUUUUGGAGGGACUAAGAAAGGGUCCCCCUGGUGCACCAAUUGCUCAAAAAACUAUUUUUGGAUGGAUCAUAACGGGCAAUGUCGAUCAACAAAGUGUCAACACGACAUCAACAGAGACGUUCCACAUCCAAUCCGAUUUGGAUGAUAGUAUCAGAAGGUUCUGGGAGUUAGAAGAAGUACCGGAACAAACAAUAUAUACAGAAGAAGAAUUAUUAUGUGAAAAGCAUUUUUCUGAAACAUUUCGUAGACUUGAGGAUGGACGCUAUCAGGUUGAGUUACCUUUUAUACCAGAUGAGCGUCCCAUAUCACUUGGAAGUUCGAGACACAUUGCGAUUGCCAGGCUUUUCGGCAUGGAGAAGCAAUUUUCAAAAAAUGAGGUAUUGAAAGACAACUACAACAAGUGCAUAGCUGAAUAUUUGCAGAUGAACCAUAUGGAGCAAGUGAAUUCAAUGGAAUUAAAAAAUCAACGACAACAAAUCAUCUCGAAUUAUUUGCCACAUCACGGCGUCAUUAAAGAAAGUAGCUCAACUACAAAACUACGAGUGGUUUUUGAUGCAUCACGGCCUACUUCAAAUGGUUCAUCAUUAAAUGACAAAACAUUAAAGGGCCCGGUCAUACAAGAUGAUUUAUCUACUCUUCUAUUACGAUUUCGAAAAUAUAAAAUUGCAUUUACAGCAGAUUUGGAGAAGAUGUAUAGGCAAAUCAGAAUCGCACCGCAACAUGCCGAUUAUCAAAGAGUAGUCUGGAGAGAUUCUCCGAGUCAAUCAAUUCGGGACUACAAAUUAACUACAGUAACAUUUGGUACAAAAUCAGCACCGUUUCUAGCAACACGAGUAUUAAAACAGUUGGCGAUAGAUGAAAAGUUAAACUAUCCUAUUGCAUCAAGAAUAACGUUGGAUUCAUUUUAUGUGGAUGAUCUGCUGUCGGGUGCGGAUUCUAUCGAAAAGGCAUUGGAAAUGCAAAAACAAUUAUUGAACAUGAUGACUUCGGGCGGAUUCUCAUUGCGCAAGUGGUCAUCAAACGCAGCUGAGCUACUAGAAGCCCUUCCACAAGAACAUCGAGAAAUCAAUUGGCCUUUAAAAAUUGAAGAAGCUGAAACCGUGAAAACAUUGGGCAUACAAUGGGAUCCAGCAAACGACCAAUUUUCGUAUAAAAUUUCCCUACUGGAAAAUGAUUCACAGAAAUGGACAAAGCGAACAAUAUUGUCGGAGGUUUCAAAACUAUUCGAUCCUCUCGGCUGGUUGGCACCUUGUAUCAUUAUGGCCAAGAUAAUGAUACAAAAAUUAUGGCUUUCGGGUUCAGGCUGGGAUGAUGAGGUAGAAAGGGGCUUGCACGAUGAAUGGCAGAUCUACAGGAAGACUCUUGUUCAUCUGGAAGCACUACGUAUAAACAGGUGGUUCUACUAUUCAACAUCAGCAAAUAAAAUAGAAUUACAUGGAUUUUGUGAUGCUUCGAUAAAGGCGUAUGCUGCGGUGGUCUACCUGGUUGUCAUAGACGAAAAGGGAAGCCGAAAAACUAGCAUGUUAAUUGCAAAAUCAAAGGUGGCUCCAAUAAAAACAAUAUCUUUGCCAAGACUAGAGUUGAGCGGCGCGGCAUUAUUGGCGAAACUUGUGAAAUAUGUCCAGCGAGUAUUGAAAAUUGAAAAUAUAUCGAAGGUGCAAGCUUGGACGGAUUCAGAGAUCGUGUUGGCUUGGUUGCGGGCUCACCCGAGCAAAUGGACCACGUUUGUAGCAAAUCGGACCGCUGAGAUUCAUCACACAUUAGGCAAAAACAUAUGGCGUCACGUGCCCUCAAAGGAAAACCCAGCAGAUUGUGCUUCACGGGGAAUGCAUCCACCAGAUCUUAUAGACUUCAAAAUGUGGUGGAACGGCCCAGAAUGGUUACAGAAAUCCGAGUCACACUGGCCAACUAAAAUACUACUUCAUGAUACGGAUAGCGAGAUACGAAAAUCGACUCUGUGUCACAACACGAUCAUAAAUGAUAAAGAAUGCAACGAGAUUCACGAAUUGGAAACACGAUAUUCAUCAUUUACAAAACUCAUAAAUGUAACGAGUUACAUCAAAAGAUUCAUCGCCAAGGUAACCAAGAGAAAUCUAAAUUGCAAUACAUUUAUAUCGGUGUCAGAAUUCAACGCUAGCGUGGAGAUGUGGAUACAAAUAGUGCAACAUAAACAUUUUUUACAAGAAGUGACACAAUUGCGGAGAAAGAAACUUAUUCAUACGAACAGUCGUUUAACGAGGCUUAAUCCCUUUCUGGAUCAAAAUGGAAUAUUGAGAAUGGGUAGCAGAUUGCGACACGCAGAUUUGAAUUACAAUGAGAAAUUUCCGAUUAUAUUGCCCGAUAGAAGCCAUUUUGUGCGACUACUUUUAGAAAAAAUUCAUCGCGAAACUUUGCAUGGUGGUGCUCAACUUAUGCUCAACGUAAUAAAUAGAAAGUUUUGGAUCAUUGGUGCACGAGAUCAAAUUCGACAACAAAUACAUAAAUGCGUCACGUGCUAUCGACAGCGGGCUGCAGUUCAAAAACAGCUCAUGGGGGACUUGCCUGCUUUUCGAGUUAGGGCCAGUCGGCCAUUUACACAUACUGGCGUUGAUUAUUGCGGGCCAUUUGAAUUGAGAACUCAUAAAGGCAAAAAUACGAGGACAUAUAAGGCGUACAUAUCUAUUUUUAUAUGUCUUGCAGUUAAGGCCAUACACAUCGAGCUGGUCACGGACCUUAGCAGUGAGGGAUUCAUCGCAGCAUACAGAAGAUUCAGUAGCAGACGCGGCAGGUGCGAGGUACUCUAUUGCGAUAAUGGUACUAAUUUUGUCGGCGCUAGCAAAGAGCUUGCAAAACAACAUAAACAGAUGUUACAGCAAUUAAAAUCAGAAUUAGCACAAGUACACGAACGUGAGGGGGUGGUUUUCAAAUUCAUACCACCUGGUUCGCCUCACUUUGGCGGAUUAUGGGAGGCUGGUGUCCGCUCUACAAAGCAGCAUCUUAAAAAAAUACUCGGAAAUGCGAAGUUGACAUAUGAGGAGUUUUCAACGGUCCUAACUCAGAUUGAGGCUUGCCUAAACUCUAGACCUCUCUGUGAAAUUAGCAGAAAUCCAGACGAUUGCACGGCCCUAACACCUGGGCAUUUCCUGACUGGUGAUGUAAUUAUUACACCACCUGAGCCUUCUUUGCUGGAUUUAAACGAAAAUAGAUUGAACAGAUGGCAACUAUUGCAAAAAUUGCAUCAAACCUUUUGGACACGUUGGAAUAAAGAAUACCUAUACCGAUUGCAGCAGCGUCCAAAAUGGACUAAAAGGACUGAAAACAUGAAAAUUGGUGAUUUGGUUUUACUUAGGGACGAGAAGUUGCCACCAAGCCGAUGGUUGAUGGGUCGAAUAACAGAAAUUCAUCCUGGUCCCGAUGGACUUGUUCGAGUUGUUACGUUAAAAACGAAGGAUAAUAUGUUGAAGCGUUCGAUUGCAAAGAUAUGUUUACUACCAGUAGAUACAAUGGAAAAUUAUGAUGAAACCGAAACGCAAUCAAUCGAGACCGAUUAA